GCCGCCGCCGCCGCAGACUGGCUCCCGGCUCGGCGCGGCGCGGCUCGGCCCGCUCGGCCCCGCCAUGUCGCAGGUGCUGCCCUACGGCGAGGACAAGGUGGGUCGCUACGGCGCCGAGCCCGAGGCGGGGGAGCUGCCCUUCAGCUGCCGCCUGCAGGACACCAACGCCUUCUUCGGGGGCAACCAGGGCAAGCGGCCCCCCAAGUUGGGACAGAUCGGCCGCGCCAAGAGAGUGGUGAUCGAGGAUGACCGGAUAGACGAGGUGCUCAAGGGCAUGACGGAGAAGUCGCCAUCGGGGGUAUAAACCCGGAGAACCACCACCAGGACCCACGGAGGGGGGGGGCCAUGCCCACGCCCCCCCCCACACCCCGGGGAGGGGGUACCGCACGCCGGGGGCCCCCGCUCCAUCCCCGCCUUCGGGGCCGCCCCCUCGGGCCAUGCACUUUACCCCCCCCUUCCCCUGGGCAGAGGGACCCCCCCCCAAAAAAUACAUACCUUUAAGGUGUGGGGGGGUCGGAGCGGACUCGGAGCGCUGCUGCUGCCCGGAGAUAUUCUUUGCUCCAUCGUUUUCUGCAUGAGCUUUGGUGGCCCGAGCGCCGUGUCCUGGUGUCGAGGGUCAGCCCCACUCCGGCACGCUUCUUUUUAACAGGAAAAAUCCUCAUAUUUGUAUUUUUAUAUCUAUCGAUCCGAAUCUUUGUUAAAAACGAUCGAUCCGCCGACGUCGGUCCGCUGUUGGAGUCUGCAGUGUAAAAGGGGUCAUAUUUUUUUCCAUAAGAAAACAACAAAAAGAGAGAAAAAAAAUAUAAAUAAGGGGGGGAGAUGGAGAG